ACCAGCCUUAUCCUCUAAUGGGCAUGAUCACCAUUCGUGACUUGUAGUUUUGUUUAAUUUAGUUUAUUUAGACCUGUGACUUGAUUUGUCACCCAAUACAUUGAAGUAGCUUUGUGCAAUACUGUUGAAAGUUAAAACCUGUAACUAACAUACGCGCUGUGGCCUCUGACUGAGUUUUUUUUCAUCCGUUCACAUAGAACAGAGUCGUGUGUUGAUAAUUAGAUGCAUCCUGUGUUGACAUAUGAAGUAACACCCUAAACCUCAACAUAUCAGCAUCUGCCCACCCUGAAAGAUUAUAGCAUCCAUUUUCUGCUUACUCUUACACAGAGAAGAUUGAAAUAACGGAGGCGUCCUGAUCGUUUAGUUCUACAACAAACAUCAUUGAUAUCAUUGCAUUGUUGUGAUAAAGUGCAAAGAUUUUAUUUGCUACUUUGCAGGAGACAGAAUGAAUAACACCUCUUGUCCUCGUGUCACCUUCCACGCUUACGGCAGCCUGCCUCCUGUUUUCAUCUCAGUAUUCAUCGUUGGUCUGGUUGCUAAUGUAUGGGGACUGAAGACACUGCUACAGAACUGGAGGAAACUAAAGCUCAUCAGUGUUUUUGUUCUCAACCUUGGAGUUGCAGACAUUUUGUAUCUGCUCACACUACCAUUUUUGGUAGUGUACUACCUUAAGAAAAGUACAUGGAUCUUUGGAAAUGCAUUCUGCAAGAUAACAAGAUUCUGCUUCAACCUGAAUCUAUAUGGCACCAUUGGCUUCCUUACUUGUAUAAGUGUAUACAGGUAUCUGGCUCUUGUCCAUCCAGUACGACUGAUGAGAGGAAUAACUGUCACCCAUUCUGUGGCUAUCUCAGUCAUGGUUUGGCUGUUGGUGGGAGUUCAGAGUCUUCCAGACAUGUUCUACACCAAGACAUAUGGAAACACCACUGGGAAAUGCUACGAGACCACCUCCGGAGCCUAUGUUGAGGAUUAUCUGAAAUACAGCCUUGGAUGGACAUUCACUGGGUUUUGUAUCCCAUUCCUCAUCACAGUGGCCUGCUAUGGACACAUAGCUGUAGUUUUAUGGACAAUGAAGAGAACUGACAAGGUACAGAAGCAGAGGAGUUUAAAGUUAUUGUUUAUUUUGGUCCUUCUCUUCUCUGUUUGUUACAUCCCCUAUCAUGUUCUCAAGAAUCUCAACCUCUGGUCAAGAGUUCUGUCCAAACAGAAGAUAUGCCAUGAAUGGGCUGACAGAGUCUUCAUCGCUCAUCAGAUAAGUCGUGGCCUUGUGUGUCUGAACAGUGCUGUCAACCCUCUGGUUUACCUGCAUGUGGAUGAAGAAAUUCCUGCUCAGCUCAGACAGCUGCUCCAGCGAGCUCGUCAGAUGCUCAACCAUUUGUUUCGGUCUAACUCCAGCUCUGGGACUGUGGCACAAACUACAGAUGAGGUUUAACAUAAGUAAACAUAUUAGUAAAUCUAAAGAAUUUUAAGCCUCUGUGCAGUUUGCCCAUGUAAAUUGUAAAUGUUAAAUAACAGCGUUUAAUGAUGGAAAGCUAAAAAAGCUUUCCUCACAAGUUAAGAUCUAUUUACCAUCUGUUUUUACAGUAUGUUGUAAAUAUUGUGUACUGCCUCACAAAUCAACUCUGUUAAUUUUUGACUUUCACUUGUAUUUGUAGUUUGCUGUAUCUAUGCAUCUUGUACCUAUGCAUAAAAUGUGCUGUACUUGAAAGAAGUGCUGUUCAUGAUUUUCAGAGGGCGCAGCUGUGACAGUCUGCUCAACAAUCAUUAACAUUUGACAAAGUAAUCUCAAAUAAAGGUUUGGUCAAAAUAUUUCUUUGGUCAAUGACAGACUGUCACUCUCAAUUUAUUGAAUAACUACAUGUUAUUUUAGCAGUGGCAUAAAAUGUAGAACAAUAUUUACACUACAGAUCAAGAAACAUUGCAGAUUCCCGUGUCAGUGAUUUUACAGGUACAGUAAGAUAAUUUGCCUUUAAAGGAAUAUUAAUAUUAAGAAACAUUAGACAUGUAAACCCACUCUCCUGGCACUUUGUGUGCAUGUACAUGAAAUUUAAUCUAAUGAUUUGAUCACAAAACGUGAUGAUGUCCAUCAUACGACAGAUCAAGUUUCGCAUCCAGAGUCUUGUCUGUGGUUAGGUCUAGGAAACAGAAACUCUUUGCCUGAGACUGAUAAAAGAUUUUGUUUUUGGUUUAAUUUAA